AUGGCAACGGUACAUCCAUCGCGAAUGGGUCUUGUCCCCGCUGGAUCAUCACGAUCUUCAGCGCCCACAAACGGAGAAGGAUCGAACAGCCGUGAGGAAGAAUUGAGGAGGAAGUUGAUGGAGAGGAAACGAGGUGGGGAUGAUAGACGAGACAGGGACGGCGAUAGAGAUGACCGACGGGACAGGGAUAGAAGUCGAGAUAGAGAUGAAAGACGAGAAAGGGAUGGUGAUGGUGAUAGAAGAGAUAGGGAUAGAGACAGAGCAAGAGAUAGGGAUGGAGAAGGAUUCAGAUCAUAUGACUCUAGACGAGAUGAACGAGAUCGUCGCGACAGAGAUAGAGAUAGGGACGGAGGAAGAAGAAGAUCAGUUGACAGAGAAAGAGAAAGAGAUGAUAGACCAAGAAGAGCUUCACCAUCUUAUAACGCUUACGAUGCCAAUUCGCCUCCUCCGCCUCCUAGCGGUAAUGGCGGAGGAUAUGGAUAUGGAAGAAGAGAUGAUUUACCUUCUGGACCACCCGGUAUGCCCCCUCCAUGGGUACCUAAAAUGCAAUCUUCUCAGAAGCCCAAUUGGCAGAAUCCCCCGCCACAUCAAAGAUUUGGUAAUAUGGAUCUUGAGAGACGUCGACAAGAACGUGAGAACAAUCCAUUAUCAAUCUGGCCUGAAUCGCCUAAAAGACCUUAUCAGGAUGAAGACGAACUCGAAGCGGAACGUAAAAAGAACAAAUCCAAAUCGAAAUCAUCCAAACAUAAAUCUAAAUCGAAGUCAUCCAAACACAAAACAUCGAAACAUCGGUCUUCUUCAGAGACCGAUUCGGAGGAAGAGGAGAGACGUCGAAGACGACGCAAAGAGAAGGAAAGGGAGAGGAGGAAGAGGUACGAUACCGUUGACAGUGUAUCUGAUUCAGAGGAAAGAAGAAGGAAGAGAAGAAGGUCAACGGCUAGGGAUGAGGAGGAAAAAGAAGAGGAUCUGGCAGAUCAAUGGGUCGAAAAAGGAGGAGAAGUCGUUUUGAUCCCUAGUGAGAAAGAUAAACAGAAGAUCGAAAGUCACCAUCAUGAAUCACCCGAGAAAGUCGUUCAGAAGAGAUUGGAAGAAGAUAGCGAUGAUGAGGAGAUCGGACCUCAGUUGCCUACUGAAGCUAAAGACAAAGGAAUGGAUAGAUCAGCCUUUGCCCACAUGAGACCAGGAGAAGGAGAAGCGAUGGCUCUCUAUGCCGAAUCGGGACAACGUAUCCCCCGACGAGGAGAAAUCGGUAUGGAGGCUGCUACAAUUGAAAAAUUCGAACAAUCCGGAUAUGUCAUGUCUGGAUCAAGACAUCAACGUAUGAACGCUGUCCGAAUGAGAAAGGAGAACCAGGUGAUCAACGAAGCUGAGAAGAGAGCGAUAUUGAAAUUGCAGAGAGAAGAAAAGGAGAAGAAAGAGGGUAUGAUCAUCACUCAAUUCAAGGAGAUGAUGGAGGAGAAUCUGAGGAAACAAGGGAUAAAUCGACCCUAA